UAACAGACAACUUUUCAAUAAUAAAUAGUUCAAUUGUGUAUAUAGAUAUAAAAAAAAAUAGUUAGUUGCUUUUGCAUAAAUUGCAAUGUUUAAAUUGCACCGCGAAAGAAAUAUAUUGCAGAUGUGGCCAUUUUAUCGACAGAAGAUUGUUUCACAAACCGUGCUUAAAUAUUUUCUACGGUUUUUUUCAUUUAACAUUAGUAUUAGGGAAAGAAGAAUUGGAUUUAUAAUUCUAAAUACGGAUAAAAACGUUAAGCUUUUAAGAAAUAAUUUUGUUUCAAGUGUGAAAUUAUUAUCUACAAAAAUGAGUGAAGAUAUUUCCUUGUUUACUUUACCGAAUAACCAACCAAUAAUUGCUUUAGAAUGUGAUACUGCAUUUAAUGCAUUAACAAAAAAAGAAAAAUUAUAUGCACAUUAUUUAAGUCAAGCUGCAUGGAAUGGUGGUCUUAUUGUAUAUGUACAAACUUCCCCAGAAUCACCAUUAUUAUUUGCCCUUUUACAUAAAAUUUUCUUAUCUGAAACAAUAAAUGAAUUGAAAAAUUCUGCAUUUAAUGCUGGUGUUAAUGAAGAUGAGUUCACAGCAUUUUUAGUAUAUUCUUGUGGAAUCUUUGCAAAUGCUGGUAAUUAUAAAUCUUUUGGUGACAGCAAAAUAAUACCUAACUUGCCUAAGGAUAAAUUUGAAGCCAUAAUAAAAAUUUCAAAGGCAUAUGAAAAUAAUCCCAAAGACAUUGAAGAAAUUUGGAAUAAAAUUCAAAAUAUAAUAUAUUCUACAGAAGGAAAAUUAAAAUCUUUGGGAUUAGGUGAAAAAGGAGUUACAACUUAUUUUUCUGCUAAUUGUACAGACAAAGAUGCAGAAUUAGUUAAUGAUUUUAUGCAAAAUAAAGGACUAGAAUCUUAUAAUGCCAGAUGUUUUAAAAUAGCAAAUAAACAAAACGAUUCUGAAGGUUCCAAAAACAUAGAUAUAUAUGAAAUCAGAUUAGCUUCUGUGGAGAUCAAUGAUAAUCCUAAUAUUACAUUGUCAGAAGAAGUAUUUAAAAAUGCAAGGUUUAAAAUUACAAGAGGAGACUAUAGCAAACUUUUGAUUCCAGUUGUUGAUAAUAUUCAAAAAGCAAAAGAAUAUGCUGCAAAUGAAACUGAAAAGAGUAUGUUAAAUAAAUAUAUACAGCAUUUCAAGACAGGAUCUUUACAAGAUCAUAAAGAUGGGUCUCGUUUGUGGAUUAAGGACAAAGGGCCAGUUAUAGAAACUUAUAUUGGUUUUAUUGAAACCUAUAGAGAUCCAGCAGGUCAGAGAGGGGAGUUUGAAGGAUUUGUAGCAAUGGUAAAUAAAGAAAUGUCCAAAAAAUUUGCUACAUUAGUAAGUAAUGCAGAAAAAUUUAUACCAAAGCUUCCUUGGGCCAGAGACUUUGAAAAAGAUGAAUUUCUAAGGCCUGAUUUUACUUCAUUGGAUGUUCUAACAUUCUCAGGAUCUGGUAUCCCUGCAGGUAUAAAUAUUCCAAAUUAUGAUGAAAUUAGGCAAUCAGAAGGAUUUAAAAAUGUUUCUUUGGGUAAUGUAAUUCCUGCAAAUAUGAAAUUAGGUGUACUGCCAUUUGUAUCUGAACAUGAUCAAACUCUAAUGAAUAAUUAUAGAGUUGCUAGCUUUGAAGUACAAGUUGGUUUGCAUGAACUUCUUGGUCAUGGAACAGGUAAAUUAUUGAGGAAAUUAGAAUCUGGUUUAUAUAAUUUUGAUAUGGGAAAAGUAAAAAAUCCUUUUACUGGAGAACCAAUAAAUAAAUUUUUUUUACCUGGUGAAACAUAUGAUUCAAAGUUUGGAUCAAUGGGAUCUUCUUAUGAAGAAUGCAGGGCAGAAGCAGUUGGAUUGUAUUUAUCUUUAGAGAAAGAUAUACUGAGUAUAUUUGGACAUGAGAAUUCUGAGGCUGAUGAUAUAAUAUAUGUUAAUUGGUUAUCUUUAUUAUGGACUGGUUGUGCAAAAGCUUUAGAAAUGUAUCAACCAUCUACUAAGAAGUGGCUGCAAGCUCAUUCUCAAGCAAGAUAUGUCUUACUUAGAGUUUGUUUAGAAGCUGGCAAUGAUUUUGUUAAUGUUGUAGAAUCUGAGCCAGGGAAGAAUUUAUUAUUAACUGUUGACAGAACAAAAAUUUUGACAGUUGGUAAAAAGGCGAUUGGAGAAUUUUUAACUAAAUUGCAAAUUUAUAAAAGUACAGGUGACAUUGAAGAAGCCAAAAAAAUGUAUGACAAAUAUAGUGAGGUACCCGAAACGGGUCCACAUCCAUGGGCACAUUGGAGAGAUAUAGUUUUAGCUCACAAAGAACCACGAAAGAUAUUUGUACAAUCUAACACAGUUGUAAAUGGUGAAAAUGAAGUACAAUUGAAAAACUAUGAACCCAAUUUUGCUGGAAUGAUUCAGUCUUGGAUAGAAAGAUUCCCUUCUGCAGAUGUUUCACAAACACUUAUCGAACUUGCAGAAAAAGACAAACAACAUUUUACACUAGAAAAGUAAUCAACUAUUUAAUACUAACAUUGGCUAGAAAAGAUAUUUUUUUUAUUAUGUAUACUGUAAUGUUUAUAUAUGUAUAUAUGGAUAAAAACCAUAUAUAUAAUUAUGAAAAAAAUGGUUUAUUGGAUUUUUAAGUACUCUAAUGAAUAAGCAUGUGAAAAUAUCAAUAUUUAUGCAUAUAACUAUCCUAAUAACAUGAAAUAUAUUUGUAAAAUUAUACAAACGA